AUGUAUCAUCCAUUUACUGCUAGUCAACUUGCUUAUCUUUCAAGAGGACCGACUUAUAUACGACCAAAUCCAAGUGUAUUUUUUCCAGAGGAAACUCUACAAAAACGAAUUAAUAGAGAACAUGAUGAUACAAUGGAAAAACUUAAGAAGUGUAUGUCCGAGAUCACAGAUCUACCAAAAAUACCAUUAACAUCACCGUUAUACAAAUCCUAUUCUGAUCGACUUCGAUCCUGUCUAACUCAAAGUUAUAUGACUAUCAUACCAUUAAUCGAUCAAAUAUGUGCUCUACGUGAAUUAAAAAUGGUUCAAUCAAUUCGAAAAAAAUUAAAAAGACAUAAAUUUAUAUUAUGUGAAACUGAUAAAAGUGGUGUACUUCAUAUUGGUCGUCAAAUUGAUUAUGAACGAAAAGCAGCUGAAUAUCGACAAACAACAGGUGCUUAUGAAGAAUUAACUUCGAAUCCAUUCAAUGAUAUCAUCUGUUAG